AUGCAUGGGGAAGUGUAUACCUGGAUCAAAUUGCGUGUAGGUGAUGGAGAAAAUUGUCGCUUCUGGAAAGAAGACUGGUCCCCCUUUGGAUCACUGCAAGACUACUUUUACAGCACAUCAGCCUCGAGGCAGGGUAUUCCUAUUGAUGCUACUCUGUCGGAUCUCAAUCGAUCGGGCAACUGGGCUCUUCCUAGAGCUCGCUCGGAGGCUAUGUUACAAGUUCAAACAGCCCUAACAACUAUGUCCCUGCAAGAAGGAUUGGAGGACGGUUAUGAUUGGAUUGUUGCAGGCGCCCUUACUACCAGUUACAAAACUACAGAUGUUUAUUGGGAGCUAAAAGGAGUAGAAGCAAAAGAACCUUGGGCAGCCAUUGUCUGCACAAAAGGAGGUAUCCCUAAACACAGCUUUCUGGUUUGCCUGAAUCUAGAGAUCACUUGUUCUUCCAAUGCCCUUACUCAUGGAGAAUCUGGUCGGAGAUGGCUCAAAGAUGUUCAUUCAUCCCCUCACAAUCCUGGCAGACAACUCUUAAUCAACUGA